AUGACUUCGCCAGCUCGCGAGAAAGGUGCUCCGAGCGUUGAAGUCUUACGCCAAGAGAUCCUCGGCUUGAAGACGAAGUUGCGGGAUUCUCUGAAGGCACAAGAGGACCUUCGGGAGCAGCUCGUUCCGAUUGAACGGCUGAAGCUUGAAUGGAGGAACGAAAAAGGACUUAGAGAAAGGACAGAGGAGCAAGUCAGAUCUUUGGAGGCCAAGAUCCAUCAACUGACAAGCAAAUUGGCGGAUGUGAGUGAGGAGCUGCAGGAGCAGAAGGCCGAAACCAGGAAGUAUGAGAACCGCUGUCUGGAGUUCGAGAAGGUUUGUGCAGAGCUCGGUCAGCAGGAGCGUGGCGCACAGGUGCAACUCUUUCGUGCGCAAGAGCGUGAACAGCUUUCCCGCGUUGAUGCUUUCAACAGCACGCUGGCGAGAGCAAAAGCAGAAGAGUUGUGUCAGGACGCGGCGGCAACAGCUCACAGCAGAGAGCAGCAGCUUUGCGCUUUGAAGGCAGACCUGCAAGUCCUGAGUGGACAUGCUGCAGAUGUACGAGACGAGCUUUUUGAGAAGCGUGUGGCUGUCAGCAGCCUAGGCAAGGAGCACGCAGCUCUCAAAAGGGAUCAUGCUGAGCUCAGAAGGGAAUUUGACAGCCAGCAAGAGGCUCUACGGCAAGCAAUGGCCGAACUGGGAGCCUUGCAGGAGUGCAAGGCCAGGCUAGAACUUGACCUGCAGUCAGUUCGUGAGUCGCGAGAGGCUUCUGUGCCUCAUCCGUGGGAGGCUCUCAUGUCCCAUACGCAGCCGGACAAGCUCGAAAGGAAGCUGGCUCCACACACUCCACGCGCUCCGCCUUUGCAACUUCCAAUCCCUCAUGAUAGCACACUGGCCUUCCGCAACGCCAUGGAUGACAAGGACGUCCCUGGCCUGGCGAAGCAUUUACAGUGGCAGAUGAGCCGCCUGAAAUCAAGGCGGGACUACCCACGGUGUGCAGCUGCUCGCCAGCUGAGAGGCAGGAUUCUCGGAGGCGAGCCAGGUCCUUUGUUUAGCGAAGAGAUGGAGAGCUGA